AUGUCUUCCUGCAUCACCGAUUUGGGGUUAUGUCAACCAGCGAAUAAGAGACAUCUGCACGAUGGCAAAUGGCAAAUAUAUGGUGUGCUACCUUACGUUGCUCCCGAAGUUUUAAGAGAAAAAGAAUAUACCAGGGAAAAUGAUGUUUAUGGAUUCGGAAUCAUAGCACAUGAAGUGGUUACGGGAUUACCUCCUUUUCAUGAUGUGGCUCAUGAUGAAUCUUUGGCGAUAAAGAUUUGCCAAGGAUUGAGACCAAGAUCUAAUUAUAAGAUUCCAUUUCCAAUUCUAGAUAUCAUUCAACAAUGCUGGGAUGCAGAUCCUUUGAAAC